GAGAAAUCCACCCUUGGAAUGGACGACUGGAGCAACGAACUCAGCAACGAGAUCGCGGCGCUAGCUGGGGGGCAGGCGCUAGAGGAACGGCAAAGUUCGUUGCAGAAACGUUCGGCAGAGACGUGGGCUGAAGAAGAAGCGAACCGAAAGCGAGCCAAGAGCGCCAUGGACCACGCCGCGCACCCGAAUUCGUUUGCAUCGUUGUCCGACCACCUGUCGUCCAUGCAGAACUGCGGCAACGACAUCGACAACACAACGCAUCAAGAUGCAAUGGAUACCGCCAUCGCCGUGCCCGUGCCGACGCGUGUGCCUGCGCGAAAGAGCAGCGCUGACGUGUUUUCUUACCGGGAAGAGCCCGCGACGAUGGAUCUCAUGGGCGACACGGAAGACGUGCAGUUUGCAUCGCAGUUGACCAAUGCCGCGCUCAACCUAACCGAGACUCAGCCGGAAUCGGCGUCGGCCGUGUACAAGCGCAUCAAGCUGCACCCGCACGUGAUCGAGAACAUCUCACCCGAGUUCCACGCGAAUCUGGUGCAGCUCAACAUGGCCGAGUUUGAGAUCGGCCCCUUGUGUCCGGUCGUGACCCUUCGCCGGGAAACGUUUGUCAAGGCCGCCAAGGGAUGCCGCGAGCAGCACUCAUUCCGCAUCACGAAAAUGAGCAAAGAUCACGUGGCGUUCGAGCUGCUGCAAGAGCCGGGGGGCCGCUACCAAGUGUACGCCGUGGACAAGAACAGUGUCAACGGCACCAAAGUGGACGGCGAAGUCAUCCCUCGAGGGGGAAAGAUGCUGCUUAGACACAACCAGUGCGUGACCAUCCUCAGCUCCACGGCAGGAACGGUCCUCCUCGGGUACAUUGUUGAGGACCCGCAUGUGCUUAUGGCCCAACAGAUCGCCCCCACCGGCCAGCCUGGCACUGCGCCGCUCCCGACCAUCCAUUCGCUGGAAAAUGUGCUCGGCGUCUUGUUUGCCGCGCCGUUGGUGGGCAAGGACCACCAAGGCAAUUGCCAUCCCCUCGACGAGCUGGACCUGGCCAAGGAGUACAACAACUUGAAAGACGCGCUGAUCGAUGCAUCCAAACGAAUGCGCCUAAAGCCGUCCGACCCCACCGUGACUGAAGUGUCGCGGGAAGUGACGUUAUCAGUGCACUUUGCCACGUCCGACAGCCUCCGGUCGCUUAUGACACUUGGCUGCCGCGCGUUCCACUUCUCCGGCCACGGCAGUCCGCAGCAUCUGUACUUUGAGGACGGCCUCGGCACUGUCCACCCGAUUCCUAUCCACGACCUCAAGAACCUCUGUGUGUCCCACAACUCCCCACUGCGUCUCGUGGUCGUGCAGGCGUGCUACUCGCACAACGUCGCCACCGCCUUCUUGGCGUGCGGCAUUCCCCACGUGAUUGCGAUCAAAUUCGACCAAAAGAUUGAAGACGUGGCGUCGUCUGUGUUUACCAAGGCGUUUUACACGGCGCUGGCCACGGGCCAUUCCGUGCACGAGAGCUUCCGCAUCGGCCAAGAAGCCGUCCGGUCGAGUCCGCGGCUGGCGCAGGCGGCGGAGGCCGCGAGCAAGUUUGAACUCCUUCCCGACGGCGCCGACCACUCGGAAGUGAUUUUCCCGACGCUGGACGUGCCAACAAGUGCCGCGCCAACGGUGGCGGCCACCCCCACGCGGUUCCCCGUGCUCUGGGGCAGCACCAAACUGCCCGCGGGAUGUUCGCACUUUUGCCACCGCACCAUUGAACAAUACCAGGUACUUUUAAAAGCAACAGAUAUAUAUAUUUCUAACAGACUGUCGAAUGAAUCUAGGUGAUUCACGAACUGGUCAAAGAGCAACCGAGCGUCAGUCGGUAUGUGUGGAUCUCUGGUCCCGACGGCGUCGGUACGUACGAGGCUCAAUAUAUAGUAGUACUAGCCAUACAUGUCGACUAGUACUACUGGACUUUUGACGGCGAGUAGGAAAAACCCAGCUCGCGUACGCGUGCUGUCGAUACAUGUACCCCCGUCGGUACUUUGCCGGCGGCAUCCGGUUCAUUCACGUGAAUCAGGUCGCGGCGACUCGGGGGGGUCUGAAGGACCAGCAGCAUGUGCUCACAUCUAUUCGUUUGCAAAUCGACGAAUUUGUCCGGGAGACCGAGCACGGCUCGUAUGAACGACAGCCUUUAACGUCGUCUUUGUUUUACGCUGUUGCCUGUAGGAGCCAAGUGACGGCGGGUACGUUGAAGCGCAUGCUGGUGGUGCUGGAUGAAUGCGACACGGUGCUGUCGACGGACGCCGACCAGCGCGCGUUUGCGAGUGUCGUGCACAACGUCCUGACCAACCACUUUGCUCUCAAGUUGAUUAUCACGGCGAGAACCACCAUCGUGUCGGACCGCCUGCAGACCCACGGCGGGAGCCAGUUCCGCCUCACGAGUUUGAGUCCGACCAAGUCGGCCGACCUCCUGCGCCGCCACGUCACGCGCAAACUGAGUCUCCACGACGUGCAGCUGUCGCCGCUGGCCAAGACUCUGCAGCACUCGAACCCCGUCGAGAACCUCACGAGGGUCCUCGCGGCCCACCCGCUCGUCGCACGGACGCAUGGCGUGCCCAAGGCCAUCGUCCAGGCGGCGGCGCGGAUCAACGCGGCGACCGCCACCACCCUCGACCACCUCGCCACCAGUCUGGUGUAGUGGAGUGUUAAGUGUUUGUUAUUGAGUUGAUGUAUUGUAUUCUGCCAA